GAAUUUCUAGGGGAAUGUUCCUGGUUACCCUGAGGUGACGCUGUGUUUAGAAAGUGUAACGGAUUUUUAUCGGUUAAGAAUAGUUCAGGAUUACUUUUAAUUAUUUAAAAAUAAAAAAAGUUAAAUACCCAAAAUGAGUAGUAUAGAUGUAAAAAAGUUAAAAGUAACUGAGCUGCGGAAUGAACUGCAAAACCGUGGUCUUGAUACGCGGGGGCUGAAGGCCGAGCUCAUGCAGCGGCUGCAAGACGCUCUAGAUGCUGAGCAGUCAGGUCAAGUAUCAGAAAAUGUGUCUGAAAUUAAAUCACCUGAAGGACAGGCAAUAAAAAGUGUCGAACCAGCUGAAAAUGAAGAAGAGAUUGUAGAUGAUGAAACAGUAUCAGACAAAAAAGAACUUGCAGGUAAAGCAGCCAAGUCUGAAGCUAAACCGGGGCCUAUAGAAAAAGUGCAGGAAGUGAUAAAGGCCGACAAGGCGGAAACCUUAAGAGGGUUAGAACUGGUAGCAGAUGGAAAAGACAAAUCUAAAGAAGGCACCCAUACUGAAGACAGCGCUGUAUCUAGCAUUUUAACUACAGAUGAGACAGCAGAGAAGUCAAGACAAGGAAUCAUUCACGAUAAUUUUAGUAAAGGAAAGGAAAAGGCUGGAGGUGAUGUUAACCCGCUCAAAAAAGCAGCACACGCGGAUACAGACGGCAAAACAGAUGAUAAAGCUGGUAAAAACAUUAUUGCAAUUAAGGAGGAAACCGUGCUUAAAGGAAAUUCUGAAAGAUUACAAGCGGAAGUCAAAACUGUUGCUCUGGAUAAAGUAAAAGCUGAACCUAAAAGUAGUCCAGAGAAACAAAAAAGUACGGUUAAAAAAAGCGACGCAAAAGACGUUAAACAAAGUGGUACAGAUACAUCCAAAGUUGACAGUAAAACAGUUACUGCUGAGAAAUUGAAGCCAGUGAUUAAAUCAGAGGACUCAAACAAACCCAAAAUAGGAAAUUUAGCUAAAGAAUGUACUAAACUUGCAAAAGAACAACCUCCAGCAAAAAGACAAGUGGAGGAAGCGAAGAAGAAGGGUUUAAACGGGGAAGCCGGACCAAGUGAAGAUGCUGGACAUAGUGAAGAUGAAACAGAAUCGGAAGGCGAAGAGGACGUAGAUAUGAAGGAGGAGGAUGCAGAUGAAGAUCAGGAGGAUCAAGACAGUAGUAAGUCCGAGCCUAAAGGCUCUGAGGAAGGACGUCGAGGAGUGAAGAGACCCCGUGAAAAACCAAGUCGUGCUUAUUUUGAAUUCAGGGAGGACGCUUACUAUAACAGACCGAAGUCACCGGGACCAGAAGAAGAAGAAAAAGAGGAAGAUGUUGAUGAGAAUAAAGUGACUCUUGACAACUACAACUGUGAUCUCCACUUCCAAAUGGGAAAGGAGAGGUGUAGUGGAAACCCCCUGUUGUCUGUCACAUUUCCAUUGCUGUGGUCUGGUGCAAAAGCUACGCAUGGUGUGAAAAAGGGAAGAGUCUGCUUUGAAGCAAAGGUAAUUCAAAAUAUCAAGAAUGAAAGUGAUGAUGCUGUUGCUGAUGGUCACAUUUUCCGAGUUGGUUGGUCAACAGAUUCGCCUAAUCUACAGCUAGGUCAGAAUGAGUUUUCUUAUGGUUAUGAUGGAAGAGGCUUGAAGACUACUAAUUGCCAGUUUGAGGAGUAUGGCGAGAAGUUUGGAGAGGGAGACGUUAUUGGUUGCUUUGCUAAUUUUGAGGCUGAAUGUGUUGAACUGUCCUUCUCAAAGAAUGGUAAGGAUCUUGGAGUGGCUUUUAAGCUCAGCAAAGAAGAACUGUUGGACCAGGCUUUGCUACCACACGUCUUUUGUAAAAACUGUAGUGUGAAGGUAAACUUUGGACAGGAGGAAUCACCAUUCUUUGAGAUUCCCCAGGAUUAUACAUUCAUUCAGAAUGUUCCUGUUGAAGACCGUGUGCGGGCCCUGCUUCCACCAAACUCUAAAGAAGAUUGUGAGGUUCUAAUGAUGGUGGGACUUCCUGGAUCCGGAAAGACCCAUUGGGUGAAGAAACACACGACAGAAAAUCCAGAAAAACGAUACAAUGUCUUGGGCACAGUUAAUGUCCUUGACCAAAUGAAGGAAAGGGGAUUAGAAUGUCCCAACGCUGAUCCCCAGCAUCGGACAACAUUGAUCCAAGAAGCCACAAAGUGCUUAAGUAAAUUGAUUCAGAUUGCCCCCAGAAAAAAACGCAACUUUAUUCUUGAUCAGUCAAAUGUGUACAGCUCAGCUCAGAGACGAAAACUGCUUCCCUUUAAGGGCUUCUCUCGCAAAGCAGUUGUGGUUGUACCCAGUGAGGAGGAAUGGAAAAACAGAUUGAAGCUGAGGAAUGAGGAAGAGGAGGAGGGAGAGGAAGUGCCAGAGUCUGCCUUGCUUGAAAUGAAAGCAAGUGGAAACCGUCGUGGAGCUGAAGUCCGUAAUUAUGGACAGUACUGGGGACAGCAAGCAGCAGUACAGCGAAUGGGUUACUGGAACACUUACGACAGAUACAGAAGAGAAUACGAUGACAGGUUCUACAGCAGAAACUAUGAUUACAAUAGAUACAGAGUACUACAGGCAGUACGCACGAGAGGUUGGUAUCCUUUGAAGAAAGUUGCCUGCUGUUCUAAGCUGUCUGAAAUGCUGAUCGGAGUCUGCGCUAUAAGUGAGUUGAUAUGA